ACAAAAUGAGAAGAAUGGAAUCUUUGCCUCCACUGAAGGGAAGAUACCUGCCACAUUAGUUUGUUUAGUCCCAACUAGUGCAACACUCAACUAGUACAUGUCUUCUGUGCUUGAAGUCUUCUGCCAAGUUCCAUUUUAUUAGUUUAAUGAGUGUUUUAGGUGGGAUGUAAUUUUAUAUCAUCUCCUUUGUUUCAUCGCUAUGGUUGCUUGAAUUCUAGUGAUUGCGCUUAGUAACCCUACUAGUGCAGUACUACUAAAGACAGCUUUUAGGGACUCCUGUUGUCAAUCUGGUCAGGUGUUUCAUCAGGAGAGGUGAGGUUGAGCUGAGAGGGGUUCAUGGAGAUGGAGGGCAGGGGCCUGUCUGACUUGUUCAGGAACACCAGCGAGGAGAUCUUCCUGAAGGCGGUGAUGGAGAACUCGAUGGGAGUGAUGGCAGCGCCGAGUAUGGAGAUGCUGGGGUUCAGGAAUAUGUCACAAAGUUUCAGAGAAGACAGCGAGGAGUUGUUCAACAGCUGGCUUACGAAUGGAGAGAUCCCAGGAUUUGGUUCAGUGAACAAUCGCCCUCGACAACCAUCUAGGUUGUCAUCAGAAGCUGCAGGCCUUCCGAAUCAACAGCUUGACAACGCUCAACGAAAUUUUCUCACUGACAACUUGAUUCCACAGAAUGCAGCAAUACCUUCUGUUGAAUAUCCAAACAACCACAACCAGCAAUCACUCAAGAAUGCAGCAGAGAAAGGAAUGCAAGCCAGUGACCUACUUCUAGCAAAGGCCUGGUUCCACAGCACUCAACCAAUGACUAGAAGUCGUUCGUCAGAAUUAAGGAGGAGGUAUGCUGCAAUGCAAUUUCAUAUGGCACCAAUAACAACGGGAAGCAAUGGAGCAACUAACCAAUUAAAACAAGAUUUUACAAACACAGCAAACAGCACGCCGAUGAGCAACACACCUGUUCAGACUCCGAAAUUUGUAUCUCCUUCAAGUUCAUCAACAUCCCCUCUGGAUAAUCCACAUAUGGUAGCACAAGAUACUGUUACCUCAGUGGUGAGCAUGCUCAAGGACACGCUCGAGCGCAAGAAGCUCGGUAGCCAUUCUAACAAAGACGCCUCAGUAGGCAAUUCUUUUGGAUUUUAUGACACUCUGCAGUUUCAACAGAACAUUCUUGGAGGAGCAGAUAUUUUUUCCCUAGUGACAACUGCCCAAGUUCAGGAUUCCCUGAUGCUGCCCAAAGUCCACAGGCCCAUGGAACCAAAUAAUGGUAACUUUGUUGCUCCUGCGAACCAAAUUUGGCUCCGUGCAGCAUCUCGAGAGCCUUCCCACAGUGGGUCGUCUACUGCAGUGACUGCUCAUUCAGCUGGAUUUGAAGUGUGUGAUGAGCUACCUCCUAUGGGGCAAGCAAUGUCUGUUUGUGAGAGCACUAGAAAAAAUGCUGCAAAUGGGACAGCUGACUGCGGAUCAAAAGGCAAAGAAUACAGGGAGAGGGUACUAAAAGAUAAUUUGAAGGAUGACAGGAAGAAAGGCACUCUACCUCGAAUGGGAUCCAUUUCAUCAGAACAAGCAGAUGACAAAGGAGAUCCUACGAAGAAGCGCAGGGUUGAGCGCUCACGCAAAAUGGCAGAAGCGAAGGAAAGAAGUUCAACACCAAUAAUACCAUCCGACAUGCAAGCUGUACUGAAGCGCUGCGAAAACCUGGAGAAGGAAGUCCGGUCACUAAAGCUUAACCUGUCUUUCAUGAACAGGAAAGAUUCAGAACAGACCAAACAGAUUGAGGAGCUUCAGAAGCAGAACGAGGACUUGACCGAAGAGAAGGAGCGGCUGCUAGACGAGAUAGAACGAAUCAUCUCCGACACCAACACAUGAUCACCCAAUGAACACUUACUCGUUUCCCUGUACUAAUAGCAGUAGACUCGAAAGAGUCCUAGAUACAAAUGCACACACAAUCCAGAAGGGCAGCAGGAUUACAGUGCUGGCCUGAAUGUACCAUUCUUUCCAUGUUACUAUCUCAAGGUUAACAUAUACCGGUACCCGGCAAGUGACAGGAGAUUACAUGUUUACUUCCUUGACAGAUUUGCAAUGUUAAGACUAACUGUAGACACUAGUGUCAUCAAAUGGAACAAUGGUGUAUUUUCCUUACAGAUUUGAAAUGUUAAGAUUAAUUGUAGACACUAGUAUCAUCAAAUGGAACAAUGGCGAUUCCA